GUACUAACACUUCUUGUGUUGAUUUAGUCCUGAUUAAAUGACAUCAUGAAUUCAUUCACCAGUUCAUUCAUGGGGAAAAACCAAAAAUGACAGCUAAGCCUGCCCCUUCAUUCAAAGACACGUAAGUCCUUCGAGGAGGACACUUCUUCAAGGAUUCGGUCCUUCAAGGAGGACUCACUUCUCCGCGCCCAAGGACAUCGCAACCAGAGCGGCAUCGUCCACCAAGAUGGCUGCCCUUCUUUCCUUCCUUCUUAUCCUCGCCUGUCUGUCAGGAUCCUUCGGCCAAGAAGAUCUCCAGAAGAAGGCCUUCAUUUUUCCCGCAGCUUCUCGCGAUGCCUUCGUGCGUCUGAAUGUCCCACUUCAAGAGCCUUUGACCAGCCUCUCUGUCUGCCUGAGGCACCACUGCCCACUCUGGCGCCCUUAUUCCCUCUUCUCUUAUGCCACCCGGUCCAGUGACAACGAUUUCCUGAUUUUUAAGGACAGGCCCGAUGUCUAUUCCAUUAGCAUCGGCGGCUCGGAUGUCCGUUUCAAGAUUCCUAAGCAAGAGAUUCCCCGUUGGGAGCACAUCUGUGUCUCCUGGGACUCCAAAAAUGGCCUGAUCAACUUUUGGCUCAACGGAGUUCUUCUCCCCCGUUUGGGAGCCAAAAAGGGUCACAAGAUCAGCCACCAGGCUUCUAUCAUGCUGGGGCAGGACCAGGAUACUUUCGGGGGAGGCUUUGACAUCAACCAGUCCUUCAUGGGGGACAUGUCGGAGGUCCACAUGUGGCCCCAGGUGUUGACCACCGAGGACGUUAGGUUGCUCCUGAAAGAUGACGCCGUGCCCAACCCUCUGGCCAGUUGGAACUCUUUUAAUUACACGAUUCAGGGUUAUGUGGUCCUUACGGAUGAAGUGCCUUAGGCUUUUCCCCCAACGGAAGACCUGCGCUUGGAAAGAAAGGAAAGAAAGAAAGGAAAGGAAUUCUCCUUGAGAAAAAAAAAAGAAGAAGAAAGCGUAGUUUUAGCAUCUUGCCUGUUUGAAGUAGAUCGUGAUUGAUAUGUAGACGAUACACGCCCGAAAAUCACUAGCGGGCAUUAUUCUAAUCUGCUUGUAAUAAAAUAAACCGCUUGUUCAUGAUAACGUC